AUGCAAUUCUUUAAGGAUCAGCUGAACAUACUCUCCCUGUUCCUCAAGUAUCCCGAGGAAGGCCUUCAGAACCGAAUGCAAGCCGUCACUAACUUUCCGUUUCACGCAGUGUCUGGACUUAAGCGCAGAUUCUUUGUCUAUUAUCUCGAGAUUCUGUCUGAAAGUCGAUUGAAAGCCAACCCCAGUCUAAAGCCAUAUGACUUCAAGAGACAUAUAAUGAAAUCAGUUUCAGUUAAUUACGAUUUGAUUGAGUUUUCCGACGAUCUCUAUUACAUCAAAAGGGUUUCCGUCGCCACCAAAGUCUCGGAAGAUCUUCGGCUAUUAAGUAACGGCUCAAUUUGGCAACUAUUUGGGUGCCACGAGUCACCUUCCAGUAUCCCCGCGAUUAUUCCUACGACCACCACCACAACCAGUGAUCCAGUUCAUCCGGGAGAUAAAACUAAAACUCUCGGACCACUUCAGGUGGACCUACCGUACCAGCCAAACAAAAGCCGAAACCUACCAGUGCCUCAUCAUCUGUGUCAACCGCUAAGUACGUACGCACUCGUAGAGGGAGGGGUUCCCAAAGCGCGCUUGACACAAACAUUUAAUUACUGGACCAAAAGAAACCUGAAGGGACCUAAACCUUAUCCAUUUGCGGGCACUAAUCUGUAUACCUUUAUCAAGUGCAUGCCUUUAGUUGAAUUGGACUGGUAUAAAAAGACAUUUAACAAAUCAGAACCAGUGCUGAAAGUGGCCAAACCAGAGCUGAUUAAAACCAUUUUAGUGAAGGACUUCCACCUGUUCUCAGAUCGCGUGUAUAGACCGGCGCCUCACGAGGUGUUGGAUAAGAAUCUGAUUCACUCGAGAGGCGAAGACUGGAAGCGCUUGAGAUCUAUAAUGAGUCCCACAUUUACGUCGGGAAAGAUG